AUGGAUCCUCUUUCGGGUGCAGCAAGCGUUAUCGCAGUUAUCCAGUUGACCGGAAGUAUCGUCCAAAUAUGUGGGCAAUAUCUCAACAACGUCAAGAACGCGAGACGGGAUAUCCAGCGCUUCCAAGAGCAGGUCGCGGCCCUUGCCAACGUUCUUCAAUCUCUCGAUGAACUGACCCGUGGAUCUAAUGGCAAGCAACUUACUGCUACGCAAGGCCUGAUCGACAAUAUUGCCGAAUGCUCGUUAGCACUCACAAGUUUGAAAGAGAAGAUUGAUCCACAAGUGACGCAAAGACGGAUGAGGACAUGGGGACUUCGAGCCUUCAAGUGGCCCUUGACAAGGUUGGAGGUAGAUCAUGCUAUCAUGGAGCUUGAAGGGUAUAAAUCAACGUUUGCUUUGUCCCUGCAGGUUGAUCAAAUGAAGUCUACCCAUUCGAUCCACAAAAAGAUGGAUCUUAGCAGUCUACGGACUGCAAAAGGAGCAGCAUUCGACUCCUACGACAUUCAACAUAGUGAAUGUCUCCCGGGGACCAGAACUGACCUGCUUCGAGAAAUCGAAGAGUGGGCAAAAUCUCCGCACGGAAAAUCCAUAUUCUGGUUGAACGGUAUGGCAGGAACAGGGAAAUCAACAAUCUCUCGAACAGUUGCAAGCCGUCUUAAAGAGCAGUCGCUUCUCGGGGCGAGCUUCUUCUUCAAGAGAGGCGAAGAGGACCGAGGAUCAGCAAAGAAGCUUUUCCCAACAUUGACUGAGCAACUGGUCGUCAGCAUACCUCAAAUGCUGCCUCGGGUUCUUAAGGCGAUUGAUGAUGACCCCAAUAUUUCGGAAAAGGUAUUAAGGGAACAAUUUGAAAAGCUUCUACUGGAUCCACUAUUUGAGAUUGAGCAUUACGGGGAGACCACAACCAAAGUGAUCGUGAUUGAUGCUUUAGAUGAGUGCGAUUUGGAAGAAGACAUAGGGCUCAUUCUCCGGCUCUUGCCACAAGUUCAAAAGUCAACCUCCGUGCACUUCCAAUUUUUGUUGACAAGCAGACCUGAACUGCCGAUCAGGCUGGGCUUCAAAGGGAUCACCGGUGCCUAUCAGGAUGUUGUCCUCCAUGAGAUCGCAAAACCAGUUAUAGAGCACGACAUAUCUUUGUAUUUUGAGGAUCAGUUACUGCGCAUAAAACAGAGCCGCUCAUUUCCACCAGACUGGCCUGGAGACGCAGCUACUAAGGAAUUGGUUGAUAGGGCUGUCCCUUUAUUCAUUGCAGCUGCUACCUUAUGUCGUUUCAUCGGUGAUAUGAAUUGGAACCCUCAAAAGCGACUUGAAGCGAUAUUGACAGACCAAUCAACCUACGUCUCUAAGAUGGACAGCACAUAUAUUCCCGUGCUGAAGCAACUUCUCACUGGCCAGGAUGAAGAGGAGUCGCAACAAUUACUCGAAGAGUUCAAGGAGAUUGUCGGGAUUAUCAUUAUUCUCACGACUCCGCUUUCGAUCAAGUCUCUUAGCCAGCUUGUGGGUAGAGAGCAAGACGACAUAAAAUGCCGAUUAGAUCAGCUCCACUCGGUGCUCAGUGUACCGAACAAUUUCGACACCCCCGUCAGGCUCCUCCACCUAUCAUUCCGAGAUUUUCUCUUAGAUCACCACAAACGAAAAAGCAAAUUCUGGAUCGAUGAGAAAUACGCAAAUCAUCGUCUUACAGCACAAUGCCUUCAGAUUAUGCAGCACAGCUUAGGGAGAAAUAUCUGCAACCUGCCGAGCGAAGGCACGCAAUGCAAUGAAAUUAGCAAGGAUUCGAUUCAGCAUUAUAUAUCUCCCGAACUGAAAUAUGCCUGUCAGUAUUGGGCACAUCAUCUGCUCCAAUGUACAGACAUCACUGAUAUGGUUCACGAUGCUUUCUUGUUUCUCCACACUCAUUUCUUGCACUGGGUGGAAGCAAUGAGUCUACUAGGCCUUACGUCGGAAAUACUAGGUAUUCUUAAUCACUUCCAAAUGGCCUUAUCGAACGACGGCUCUUCCAUGAAUCUGGAUUUUCUUCAAGACGCAAAGCGCUUUAUUCUGAAAAAUCGCCAGAUGAUUGAUCAAGUGCCUCUUCAGGUUUAUUGUGCGGGGCUUAUAUUUGCGCCCCGAACGGCAAUAAUCCGGAAAGAGUUCGAACAUGAGCUUCCUGCUUGGGUAUACCAGUUGCCACUGGUUGAGGAAGGAUGGGGUGCAGAAUUACAGACUCUCGAUGGCCAUUUAUCUGAGGUCUUUUGCGUUGCAUUCUCGCCCGACGGUCAUCUACUAGCGUCUGGCUCGGAUGAUAAGACAGUGUGCCUCUGGGACCUAUCGACGGGCGCGCUCACGCAGACUCUUAAAGGCCAUUCAAACCUGGUUUUUUCGGUGGCCUUCAGUCCUGACAGUCGCCUACUAGCGUCUGGCUCUUGGGAUAAGACAGUGUGCCUCUGGGACCUAUCCACGGGCGCGCUCGCGCAAAUUCUCAAAGGCCAUUCACAUAAUGUUAACUCGGUAGCAUUUUCGCCUAACGGCCGACUACUAGCAUCUGGCUCUAGUGAUAAGACAGUGCGCCUCUGGGGUCUACCUAUGGGCGUACUCACGCACACUAUCGAGGGCCAUUCAGAUAUGGUGUGGUCAGUGGCAUUCUCGCCCAACGGUCACCUAAUAGCGUCUGGCUCUUGGGAUAAGACAGUGCGUCUAUGGGACCCCGCUACGGGCGCGCUUACCCAGAUUCUCGAUGGCUAUUUGGAUGAGGUUUCCUCGGUGGCAUUCUCGCCCAACGGUCGCCUACUAGCGUCUGGCUCUAGUGAUAAGACAGUGCGUCUCUGGGACCUAUCGACUGGCGCGCUCACGCAGACUCUCGAAGGCCAGUUAGAUAUAGUGUGGUCAGUGGCAUUCUCGCCGGAAGGCAAUUUCCUAGCAUCUGGCGCUCUUAACGCUAUACACCUCUGGGAACUAGCUACGGGCGCGUUGGCGCAGACUCUGGAAGGCCAUUCAGAUGCGUUCUUGUCAGUGGCCUUCUCUCCCGACGGUCGCCUGCUGGCGUCCGCCUCGAUGGACAAGACCGUCUGUCUGUGGGACCCAGCGAUACGUGCGAUUCCGAAGACUACUGAAGGGCAUUUAGGUGCGGUCUUGUCAGUGGCCUUCUCUCCCGACGGUCGCCUACUGGCGUCCGGCUCGGAAGAUAGGACCGUGGGUCUCUGGGACCCAUCGACAGGCGCGCUUAUGCAAACUCUCGAUGGCCAUUCAGGUACAGUUUACUCGGUGACCUUCUCUUCCGACAGCCACCUACUAGCAUCUGGUUCUAGGGACAAUACGGUGCGUCUAUGGGACCCCGCUACGGGCGCGCUCGCACAGACUCUCGAAGGCCAUUCAGAUGCGGUUCAGUCAGUGGCAUUCUCGCCCAACGGUCACCUAAUAGCGUCUGGCUCUUGGGAUAAGACAGUGCGUCUAUGGAACCCCGCCACGGGCGCGCUUACGCAGAUUAUCAAAGGCCAUUCAGAUAUAGUUUGGUCAGUGGCCUUCUCGCCCGACGGCCACCUACUAGCGUCUGGCUCUAGGGACAGUACAGUGCGUCUAUGGGACCAUGCUACGGGCGCGCUCACACAGACUCUCGAAGGCUAUUCAGAUGUGGUUCAGUCAGUGGCAUUCUCGCCCAACGGUCACCUGCUGGCGUCUGGCUCUUGGGGCAAGACUGUGCGUCUCUUGGACCGAGCGACGGGGGCGUUUUUGCAGACCUGGAAAUUUGACGAAGAGAACGCUAUACUCGGAUUUUCCCACGACGGUUCGUGUAUUCACACUAACUUAGGCGCCAUACGUAUUCAGUCCAUGUGUGACAGUCCCGUGUCCCAUUCGGCUUAUGCGUAUCUAGACAUAUGCAUUGAGGACGGGAAGUGGAUAAAACUGAAUGGAAAAAAAUUCGUUUGGCUUCCUUGCGAGUUUCGGCCAACUACGAACAGCUGUUUCAAGAUCCAUGGUAACACGGUUGCUCUGGGACAAGCGUCGGGGCGGGUUUCCUUCAUUGCGUUUUGUACGCAGGUUUGA